AUGUAUCCAGAUACAGACUCAGGCGAAGAAACACCAGUCAUUUAUACGGCGAUUGCAGGCGCAGCUGCCGCGGCGGCAAUCAAGGUGACUGGCAUACUCGAGGGGCAGAUGAUGGAUGCAUCGUCCGACGAGUACUUCACUGAGGAGGAUUCGUCCUCCGACGAUGCGCAAGAAGAAGACAGCGACACCAAAUACGACAAGGACGGCAACCGUCGCGUACCACUUCUGAGCGACUGGCCAGCACUACCAUCGCCCGCCGCAUCUCGACGCAUGGCGAUUGAGCGAGGCGUCCAAAAGUUCCACCGCAGCCAAGCCGAAUUGCAGAAGUCCAUCGCUGGUGUGAAGAGAACACAGGCCAUGACAGCUGCUUCUGCUGCCGCCGACGGUGAACACACGACAAAGAGGGCGAAGACAAUAGCCUCAAUGGGCCCGGCGCUGGACGCCGUCGCAAUCCAUCCGGUCCGGCUUACACCGCGGCGGACCAAGUCGAAGCAGCGGCAAGAGUUGAUGGAGGUGACAUGUGACCGGGUCACCCGCAUCCUCGAUCAGUGCACGGGCAUAAUGAAGAGCAUAGAAAAGGAAAUGCGCGACCCUAUUCAGCUGGCCAUGACCGACGUGAGGGACAAUUUUGGGCCCGAACUGGUACCCUUUGGACUAAAGACCAUUGCAACGGAAUUCAGCGAGACGAGAAUGGACGAAGUGUGCAUGAGAUUCUCGCUGCCGAAGAAACGGGCAUACCUGAAAAGCCAAGGGCUCUUGAUCCCUCCUCGAGACUUCAUCAUGAAGAAGGCUGUAGCCGACGUAUGGUUCAAUUUUGAGGAUAGACUUGUGCCUGAUGGGCUGGAGAUCGCUUGCCGAAGUUUGAUGGAGCCAGGCAUGGCCGAGAUGUACCUAACCUAUCCGCUGGCGGCCAAGCGAGCAUACCUGGAGAGAGAAGGGGUCUUGGCAGGCCCCCGUACGGUCCAGAAACCUUUGGAUCAAUAUGUUAUGCCCUCGGGCGGAGAGGACAAGGGCCGUGUGCCCAGUCCGCCUCGCUGUCCGAGUAUGCUCGCAGCACCAUGGGUGUGCCGUCGCUGCCUGGGAGGGCUUCUGAAGCCCAGAGCGACCCAAUUCAUCCGCCAUGCUAGCUCCGACGCAACAGCAACCCUCCCACCAGCCCUCCUCCAACGAGCCCGCAACAUCGCAAAAGAACACGACGCCCUCGCCGCGGCCCUCGAAGCAGACUACGACUCCAAAACGGCCCGCCGUGUAGGCGAGCUCUCGAGCGUCGUAACCGCCCUCCGAGAAUGGGAAAAGGCACAAUCCUCCAUCGCCGAGCUCGACGGCCUUCUCUUCUCCAAGGAUAAAGAGCUCCGCGAAAUGGCCGCCGAGGAACUCCAAGCCACAAACGGCCAGCUCAGCUCCCUUUCGCGCAAGCUCUCCGCCUCGCUCACGCCCAAGGACCCCUACGCGCACAUGCCCUGCCUCCUAGAGCUCCGCCCCGGUCCCGGCGGUCUUGAGGGCCGCUUCUUCGCCGACACGCUGUUCAAGAUGUACAAGGGCUACUGUGCAAGAAAGGGCUUGCGUGCAAACGUUAUAAAGUACGACAUGGCUGACGCGGCGGGCGACUCCUCCUCUGCGGCGGGCGAGAGCCCCCUCCAGGAAGCCGUCAUCGAGGUCCAGGACCCGGGCGCGUACGACCUCUUCCGCGGGGAGGCGGGCAUGCACCGCGUCCAGCGGAUCCCGGCGACGGAAAGCAAGGGCCGCGUGCACACGAGCGCCGUGGCGGUCUGGGUCCUCCCUUCGUUUCAGGGCGACAACGGCGGCGACAUGGAAGACAUCAACAACCCGGAGAGCGACUUCUUCAUCGACCCGUCCGAGGUCAAGAUCGAGACGAUGCGGGCGCGCGGCGCGGGCGGGCAACACGUCAACAAGACCGAGUCCGCGAUCCGCAUGACGCAUAUCCCCACGGGCACCGUCGUCAGCAUGCAGGACUCGCGGUCGCAGUCGCGGAACCGGGACGACGCGUGGAAGCUGAUCCGGUCGCGGGUGGCUCUGCAGCGGCGCGAGGCGCGCGAGGAGGCCGCCGCCCAAUUGAGGAACUCUGUGCUGUCCAAGCACAAGAUUACGCGCGGGGACAAGAUCCGGACGUACAACUAUAACCAGGACCGCGUGACGGACCACCGGGCGGGGAUCGAUGUGCAUAAUCUGCCCGAUGUGAUUGCGGGGGGCGAGUCGCUGGAUAAGAUUGUGGACGAGGUCAGGGAUUGGCUUGUGUCUGGGGAUAUCGAGGCCAUGAUGGCCGACGAGGAGGCUGCCAACGCUGAAGCGAAGAAGGCGCAAAAGUGA